UUAAGCCAGCUGCAGUGUGUUCUCAGUAGAGGGCAGUCAUUCUACUUUUAGAGGAAACGAGCGGCAACCACCACAGAAGAAGAAACUCCCCCCAUGGACUGAAUUGAAUGACUGUGCGCGGCUAAUAAACUUCUUACUUUUUAUUCAAACAGCUUUGUUUCACGACUACCCAAGGGUGCUGGUUUGAGUGAUAAUGUCAGGGAUACCCGCAGACACAUGGCAGCCGCCAACAGUGACUUUGGAGACGACGAUGGGGUCUAUUGUGGUGGAGUUGUACUGGAGACAUGCGCCAAAAACCUGCAAGAAUUUUGCAGAGUUGGCCAGAAGAGGCUACUACAACAACACCAAGUUUCACCGAGUAAUCAAAGAUUUUAUGGUGCAGGGAGGAGACCCUACAGGAACAGGUCGAGGUGGUGCCUCCAUAUUUGGUAAACAGUUUGAAGAUGAGCUUCACCCAGACCUGAAAUUUACAGGUGCCGGUAUUCUGGCGAUGGCCAAUGCAGGACCGGACACCAACGGAAGCCAGUUCUUCUUAUCUCUCGGACCCACUCAGUGGUUGGAUGGGAAGCACACUAUUUUUGGUAGAGUGUGCCAGGGGAUGAGCGUGGUGAACCGAGUUGGGAUGGUGGAGACAAGCGGACAAGAUCGUCCUGUCGAUGAUAUCAAAAUCGUCAGAUCUAAUUAAACAAAUAAGAAUUAUUUUUUUUACAGAUUUUUUUAUUAAAUCAAUGUUUGUUAAAUGUU